AAUGCUUACAACUUUAGGAUUUUUAACAAGUAUUUUACUACUAAUAAUACUAUUAAGAUACGUUUUAAUAACCGGAUGUGAUACUGGAUUUGGAAAUCUAUUGGCGAAACGUCUUGACAAUAAAGGAAUGAAUGUUAUAGCUACUUGCCUAACUGAAAAAGGAGCUAAAGAUUUAUCGUUAUCCUCUUCAAAUAGAUUGACAACUUUCAUUCUGAAUGUAACGAAUGACGAUGAAAUUGAACAACUUAGGGAAUUUGUUAGUCAAAAAGUUGGUGAAAAUGGUCUAUACGCUUUAGUGAAUAAUGCUGGAAUUAUUGGACACAAUCUUGGUUCGCCGGAGACGAUUCUACCGCAUAAAGUUAGGGAAGUUUUAAACGUUAAUGCGGUUGCUCCAGCAAUAAUGUCAUUUAAAUUUCUCCAUUUGUUACAUAUGGCGAAUGGUAGAAUUAUUAACAUGUCAUCCCUUGCUGGACGGAUACAAAAUAAGAUUCUUUUAUAUGCAAUGUCGAAAUUUUGUCUAUCAGGCCUAUCAAGUUGUUUAGGGCUUAUAUUGAAAACUCAUGGCUGGAAUAUUUCUGUUCAUGUAAUUGAACCAGGAAUGUAUAGGACUAGUCUAUUAAGUGCUGAUGAUACUAGAAAACGGGUUUUUGACAGUUACGAUAGAGCUUCGAAAUUUACAAAGGAUACAUUCAAAACUAGAGAGAACUAUGUUGAAAAAUCGAUACAUAGAUUGAAAAGCAAUACUCACGAAGUAAUUGAUGCAUAUGAGAAUGCAAUCUUAUCAAUAUGGCCUAAAAAUCGUUAUACAGUUGGAUUAUUUGAGAAAUAUGUUAUAAUUCCACUAACUUAUCUCCCAACAACAAUUUCAGACAUUCUUGUAGCAAAAGAUUAA